GGCGGGGCAGCUGCAGGUGCCAGAACACAGAUUGCAUAAAAGGCUAGGGGAUGGUGGGGGACAGAGGAAGGGAGAGCUACUAGGCCCAGGUCUGGAGUUUCAGCUUGGACACAGAGCCAGGAAGACGUGCAGAGCAAGCCUGGGCAGGCCAUCUUAACCCUAGUCCCAGCUUCUCUCCUGCCUUCUAUUGCUAUGGGGAGCUAUCAAAGUCCCCGAUUCUGCCUGGUAUCCUUGGUCUUGGGCCUCUUGUCUGGAGGUGUGAGCACAACCCCUUUGCCUUUGGCCCAGCCCCAAGGCUCCUGCCCUCUGGAGGGGAUACAGAUCAAAGGUGGCUCCUUCCGACUUCUUCAAAAUGGCCAUACACUCGAGUAUGUGUGUCCUUCCGGCUUCUACCCAUACCCUGUGCAGAUUCGCACCUGCAGAUCCACGGGGUCCUGGAGCACCCUGAAGACUCGAGACCAAAAGAUUGUCAAGAAGGCAGAGUGCAGAGCAAUUAACUGCCCAAGACCACAAGGGUUCGAGAAUGGAGAAUACUGGCCCCAGUCCCCCUACUACAAUGUUAGUGACGAGAUCUCUUUCCACUGCUACGAUGGUUACACUCUCCGGGGCUCUGCCAAUCGCACCUGCCAAGAGAAUGGCCGGUGGGAUGGGCAAACAACGAUCUGUGACAAUGGAGCGGGGUAUUGCUCCAACCCGGGCAUUCCCAUCGGCACAAGGAAGGUGGGCAGCCAGUACCGCCUUGAGGAUAGUGUUACUUACUACUGCAGCCGAGGGCUUACCCUGCGUGGCUCCGAGCGGCGAACAUGUCAGGAAGGUGGCUCUUGGAGUGGGACAGAGCCUUCCUGCCAAGAUUCCUUCAUGUAUGACACCCCCCAAGAGGUGGCUGAAGCCUUCCUGUCUUCCCUGACAGAGACCAUAGAAGGAGUGGAUGCUGAAGAUGGGCACAGCCCAGGGGAACAACAGAAGCGGAAGAUUGUUCUGGACCCCUCAGGCUCCAUGAAUAUCUACCUGGUGCUGGAUGGAUCAGACAGCAUUGGAGCCAGCAACUUCACAGGGGCCAAGAGGUGUCUAUCCAACUUAAUUGAGAAGGUGGCGAGUUAUGGGGUGAGACCAAGAUAUAGUCUAAUAACAUAUGCCACAUAUCCCAACAUUUUGAUCAAAGUGUCUGACACAAAGAGCAAUGAUGCAGACUGGGUCACAGAGCAGCUCAACAAAAUCAGUUAUGAAGACCACAAGUUGAAGUCAGGGACUAACACCAAGAAGGCCCUCCAGGCAGUGUACAGUAUGAUGAGCUGGGCAGAGGACACCCCUCCUGAAGGCUGGAACCGUACCCGCCAUGUCAUCAUCCUCAUGACUGAUGGCUUACACAACAUGGGUGGGGACCCAGUCACUGUCAUUGAUGAGAUCCGGGACUUGUUGAACAUUGGCAGGGAUCGCAAAAACCCAAGGGAGGAUUAUCUAGAUAUCUAUGUAUUUGGGGUUGGGCCUCUGGUGGACCAAAUGAACAUCAAUGCUUUGGCUUCCAAGAAAGACAACGAGCAACAUGUGUUCAAAGUCAAGGACAUGGAAAACUUGGAAGAUGUUUUCUUCCAAAUGAUUGAUGAAACCAAGUCUUUGGGUCUCUGUGGCAUGGUUUGGGAACACAGGAAAGGUACCGAUUACCACAAGCAACCAUGGCAGGCCAAGAUCUCAAUCACUCGCCCUUCAAAGGGACAUGAGAACUGUAUGGGGGCUGUGGUGUCUGAGUACUUUGUGCUGACAGCGGCACACUGUUUCACUGUGGAUGACCAGGAACACUCAAUCAAGGUCAGCGUGGGAGGGCAGAGGCGGGAGCUGGAGGUAGAAGAAGUCCUAUUUCACCCCAACUACAACAUCAAUGGGAAAAAGGCAGAAGGAAUUCCUGAAUUUUAUGACUAUGAUGUGGCCCUGGUCAAGCUCAAGAAUAAGCUGAAGUAUGGCGAGACUCUCAGGCCCAUUUGUCUCCCCUGCACUGAGGGAACAACUCGAGCUUUGAGGCUUCCUCAGGCAACCACUUGCCAGCAACACAAGGAAGAGCUGCUCCCUGCAAUGGAUGUCAAAGCUCUGUUUGUGUCUGAGGAGGAGAAGAAGCUGACCCGGAAGGAGGUCUAUAUCAAGAAUGGGGAUAAGAAAGCCAGCUGUGAGAGAGAUGCUCAAUAUGCACCAGGGUAUGACAAAGUCAAGGACAUCUCUGAGGUGGUCACCCCCAGGUUCCUUUGCACUGGAGGGGUGAAUCCCUAUGCCGACCCCAAUACUUGCAGAGGUGAUUCUGGAGGCCCCCUGAUUAUUCAUAAGAGGAGUCGCUUCAUUCAAGUUGGCAUAAUCAGCUGGGGGGUAGUGGAUGUCUGCAAAAACCAGAGACGGCAACGACAGGCACCUGCUCAUGCCCGAGACUUUCACAUCAACCUCUUUCAAGUGCUGCCAUGGCUGAAAGAGAAACUCAAAGAUGAGGAUCUGGAUUUUCUUUAAGGGGUUUCCUGGAAAGGGGCAUGGGAUUGAAUUAAAACAGCUGCGAUAA